CAAAUGUACCCCCUGCUCCAGAGUCCCAGAGUCGGUCUCGCCAACUCUCUUCCUCUUUACUACUGUCGAAUCGCUCUAUUCGCAAUAAAGAGAAAAAGGUUCAUUUCUUACCCAAAGCAGUCAAAUGGGCUUUGAAUUCUUGAAGAAUCUCUAUCCUUUAUAGCUUUUCCUGAAGAGAGGGGUAAAAAAACAAAAGGAAAAGGCAAAGGUUUUUGUUCCUUUUUUUCACAAUGGAGACCAGUACUGGUAGUAGAAACAGUGGUGGAGUGAUUGUUACAAAAGAAAGAAUGGUGAAAAUAGAGAACCCCUUUUCUUUAAAAGUGGGACAAGUAUUUACUGGCUUUGGAAUUGGCUGUGGAAUCGGUAUUGGUGUUGGACGCCCUUUAAACUUAGGUGCAAUACCAAUGCUGAACCAAGUUAUGGGUGCUGCUAGAGGCGCAACAGAUGCCUUUUCUGGGGUUGGAAGGCACGUUAAUAGCUCUCUGAGGAAGUUGGGAGCAAAGAACAUAGAAGCAGGCAUUGGAUGUGGAGUAGGCUUUGGCCAUGGGUUUGGUGUUGGUCUUGCCAUGAAGCCAAGUGUGCUGCAUCAGCUUCAGUCGUGCCUCAUUCAAACAGUGGCAAAUUUAAUGAUGAGGUUUGGUAUAGCUCCGAGCUUGCCUGCUGUCAAAGGUGCUCUUCCAGAGUCAUUGCAAGGUGGCCUCAGCAUGACGAGCCACAGAUCAAUUUCAAAUCCACUAGGGACUGUUGCACAAGUAGCAAAGAAAGCCCCUGAGCUCAAGCGUCAAGGAUUGCCUGGAGAUGCAAGUACAGUUUCUUCUGAUGAAACUGAAGCUUACAAAAGUACUCCACUAAAUGCAUCUUACAGUAGUCAAACAGAGAAGGUCCUCAGCAACUUUUUACAAAAUCCUCUUUUGAAAGAUGAAGACAGAGAAGUAAAUGAGCUGGCUGAGCAUCUACGCUUGGAGAACAACGUACUUCAGAUGGUUUUGAGCCAUCAGAGAAUCAUUGAGGGGCUGAUGAAGGAAAACGAGAAACUCCACAAGAUACUCUUGGAAGACCUGAAAAGCUUCAAGCCACCUCCUUGAGUACAAAGAGUAGUAAGUCUCCAUGUAGUGAGUGUUUCAAGUGCCGAAGAAGACUUAGAAAAAGAUAACUAAUUACAUAUGUAACUUGUGAUAUUCUUAUUUUUCAUGCAAAAUAUUUACCUUGGGUAUUUCUUACUUCCUGGAAUCCAUUAAUGUUGUCAGCUGAAAUAUGUUGAGAAAAGCACAGAAUUGCACAUGUGCGCCAAAGAAGCCACUAAUCCUCAUGAUAGGCUAGUAAAUACUCGUCCAUGAGUAUGUUGUUGGCAUUUUAGACUUAGAACAACUUAGACACUUCUCUCC